UGUGGCCAGCCGGCAAUUUAUCUGCUGCCGAUGUCGCUGUCGCGCAGGCAGAGCGAAUCAACUUUUGCGUUCGUCGGCCGCCUUGCCUUUCAGCUUGAUUCACUCAGUACAGUUGAAGACAGUAAAGAAACGUGAAAGCUCUAGCUUAUAGCAAAUUAAUUUAAUAUCGUCUACUACUUCAAACACAGUUUAAUUUUGAAAAUGGCCGACAAACCAAAACGCCCGCUCUCCGCUUACAUGCUGUGGCUGAACAGCGCUCGUGAGUCGAUCAAACGCGAGAAUCCCGGCAUCAAAGUUACCGAAGUUGCCAAGCGUGGUGGUGAAUUAUGGAGAGCAAUGAAGGAUAAGUCGGAGUGGGAGGCAAAAGCAGCCAAGGCCAAGGACGAUUACGAUCGUGCCGUCAAAGAUUUUGAGGCUAACGGCGGCAGCAGUGCUGCCAAUGGCGGUGCCAAGAAACGUGCAAAGCCCGCGAAAAAACAAGCGAAAAAGAGCAAACGUGAUGAUUCCGAGGACGACGAUGACGAUGAAAGCGAGUAGAUUGAUUGAUCUUCAGACCCCAGUCAAAUAAUAAAAAAAAAUUACAAAAAAUAAAAAAAAGCAAACAUCAUAUAUGUGAAGUGUGGUGGAUCGAGUCAUUGCAUUUUCUCAACAAAUUAUACCCACCACAAACAAUCACACCACACCACAAGCUCCCCUACACAUACACACGAAACACACACCAACACCAUAUAAAACAAAAAAGAAGCAUUCUAAAUAGCAUAGUUGAAAAACAAUAAGAAAAUCCUCUAAAGAAAGCAGAUCGAUCAUCAGUUGCUCUGAAGAGAGUUAAUAUGCUGGCAACUGUAAAGAACAUAAACAAAAUUGUAUUUAUACAUAAGAUUUUAAGUUUAUAGUAGGCGUUUCUUUUAAUGCUAACAAUUUUUUAAGUCGAAGAUAAUGCCUGCACCUGAACAAAAACAAGAAAAGAAAGGCGGGUGAACAAAACAAUGUUCAAUUUGUGUAUCUUGCAUAAAAAUUUGUAAAUUAAACGAUAACGUAAUUCCAUUAUAAAUAAAAAAAAUUAUAAAAGAA